GCAUUUUAGCGCAGUGAACGGUGACUUAAUUGCAUUUAUACCGAGUGCAGUGCAAAGAAAGUGCGCGUAUAUAAUAUUUAUUUAAGAAGCUGCUUAUCAAUUACAUCCAUGCAUACAAUUAUCAGACAUAUGUGCACAAAUACAAGUUAAGGCCCCACCACACUGAAUUGGACGCAAAACGUUAAAUUUAGCCAAAAAUGUCUUCGCUGGAGCCACCGAAGCGACCUACAUUGCAUUUAGCUGCCGACGUCGGAGUCGCAGCCGGAGCUGGCAGCGGAACUGGAGCUGGAGCUGGAACUGGAGCUGAGGCCAUGUCACCGGCAACGACUCCUUCGGGCUUCCUGCCGGAUAUGCCGCAAUGGAAAAAGGAUUUGAUACAGCGCCGCAAAACAAAUGUGGCACGAACAAACGCCGCCGCCACCAACUCCCCCACCUCAGCGGCCCCAACAGCUGAUGGCAGUUGUGCGGCUUUCACUGAACCCGCAGAUUCAGGUGCAACUGAAACCAGCGCAGCCGCAACAACAACAUCUAGUCAACAGCAGCAUGUGAAACGAAAUGUAAGCCAAACAUACCAACAACAACAGCAGCAGCAGCAACAAGCAGCAGCAUUUAAGACUUCACCAACAACAGAGGAAAAGUCUGAGAAAUGUUUUAUUGGAAGUGGAGGUCAUCAGACGCUUCCAGCAGAUGAAGCAGCAGCAGCAGCAGCCCAAAGUACACAAGGCAAAGACUUAGCCACGGCCUUUUCAGCCGAAACGGCAGCAUCAGCAGCGACAGCAGCAGCAACACCAAUACCAAAGCAGCGAUCAAGUUUAUUCAACACAAGAAGUCAAUCAACUGGCAAGGAGCAAGAAGAGAUUCUAAAUUUGGAUGCCAGAGAGCGUGAGAGAGAGCGCGAGCGAGCGUGCGGAGAGCGUGACGUUGAGGUGAAUAACGCUGGCAUGGCGUACACGAGCGGGCGCUCUGGUGAAGUUGAAACUGGCACAGCGACAACUGGAGCAUUAACAGCAAUAGGCAGCAGCAAUAACGGCAGCGGUGGCAGCGGCAGCGGCAGCGGCAGCGCAAAUGUGAAACAAACGACAGCAACAACGGCGACUUCGUCGUCGUCAGCAAAUCAGUUGCAAACGAAAUGCAAACCAGGCCAGAGCGUUGCUGAAGCAGCGCUACUUAAUUUUAGCAAUAGUACGCCAAUAAUAAUUGAUAAAAAUUGUAAAACGAAAAUAUCCGAUAAAUUGCAGAGCAACAAGUUCAUUAAAAAUCAACAGCAGCAGCAACAGCAACAAUAUCAACAAUUGGAACGCCAAACGGCCGCGUCGCCCACAAAAGUAGCGGUAAAAACGACAAUGGUCGCCAUGCAAGAAAUGAAAAAGACAACCACACAAAAUGGCCAACAGCGCCAUCAUCAUCAUCAUCAUCAACAUCAUCAACAGCAGCCGCAGCAGCUACAACAGCUGCAUUUAAAGAGCGCCGAUGCCGACUUGGACGUUGGCGGCAGUGCGCUGCCAACGCUUUUGGAUAGCGUCGAUCACAAUGAGGAAUUCAGUUAUGGUCCCGGCAUUGUCUCCAAGCUGCGCUGCCGCUAUUUAAAUCUAGCCCUGCGCUGCGAGUCACGCCAACAGAGCCAAAAGCAGCGACUGCAGCGCUCCACCAGCCUCAAUACGCUGCUCGAUCGCAACGACGACGACGUCGAUGAGGAGCAACAGCAGCAGCAGCAGCAAGUAAGCAGCGACACAGUCGCUGUUACCGCUGCAGUCAACGUCAACGUAACACGCAGCACUGCAGCGCCGCCUAUACUAAGCGCCAAGCCAGCGAGCAGCAGCGGCUACAUCAAAAGCGUCAAUGUCUUGCAUCAACAACAGCAGCUACGCCAACAGCAGCAGCAACAACAGGUGGCACAGGAGCAACAGUCAACACAGCCGACGCCGCUUAACGGCAAUGGGCUGCGCUCGCGUCAUUUUAAGCGCGGCAACGAGGUUAUGAAACGCGCUCGCUCUGUCGAAGCGCUGCUCUGCGAGAAGUCGCCUUGGAAUACGCAACGCGCCAGUUAUCAGGCAGCGGCUGCGGUUAACAGCAGCGUAGUCACUGCGGCUACGGCUACGUCUGCUACUGUCACUGGAACAGGCACAGCUACAGCUACACCUACAGCUACCGUCACUGCCCCCGCCACGCCCACCUGCGUCAGCAUCGAAGAUAAGAUUCAUAAUGCACGCGAGCGACUGCACAGCGGCACCGACGCAACACCGCCAAAGCGUCUGACUUCCAUCAUCGAUGACACAGAACGUCCUCCACCGGACUUGGUCAAACAGACCCUGAAGAUGUUCGAGGCGAGCGCCAACCGGCGACCACGCGCUACUCAGCGCAGCAAUGGUGUCGGCGGCGUUGCCAGCAAAGUAGCCAGCUACAAGUCGAUCAUCAAGGAACAGAAGCCGCCGAGCAGCAGUGCUCUCGGCGGCAUCAAACGGGACAGCGCCGCAACACCGUCAACAGGAGCUGGAUUUGCUGCCUCGACACCCAAGCAGCGAGUCGCAAGCGCCGUCGUUCCAGACAUUAUACCCAGGCAGCUGGAAGCCAGCUGCGCUGCCUACGAUUCGCCUGUGACAAACAUAAGCAAAAUGCUGGAACGCAUUCACUUGGAAAGCUCAGCGACAGCGCAGUCAGAGGCCGUCGUAGGGGCGGGCGCGGGUGGCAGCAAUCAGCGCUUAGUCAGCGAUCAGCAGCGCACGCAGGCAGCAACCGACGAGCCCGACGACGAUGACAGUAGAGACGAAGAGAACGACGAAGGCAACGAAAAUGACGUCGACGACGGCGACGUAGCAGAAACAGCUGAGGCUGAAGUUGACGGCGACGAUGUUUGCAAUGGCGAUAAGUUAACAGCAGCGGCGCCGACGGCAGCGCAGCCGCUGGAUGAAGCAGGAGGCGUUGGCGGCAGCGCCCAGCGUUCAUUUGCUGCCGCCUUGCAAGAGAACGCGCACGCUUCCAGCACUAGUUCCAGUAGUCGAAAGCUUCCACAACGCAGAAGCGAUAACAGUGAAUCUGCUGCAGCUACAACAACAACAACAACAACGAAGCAAAUUGGUGUCAUCAGGCCGUUGCUGAAUAAUUCAAGCUCUAGUUCCGGAUGCGGUACGCCGCUGACCAGUCGCGAGAUUGAAAAGAAUCGCAUUAAUGAAAUGAAAAAAUCAACAGCAUUGGCUGCAGAUUUAGCUGCCGCCGUCGGCACCGCCGCAGCUACUAGUCUGGAUACCGUGAUAAACACCAAGGAUGGCAGCGAAACGGACGCAGCGGGCAGCGGCAUUUCGCCCAUUUGGCCGCUACGCAAGCGCCGUCAGCCAACAGGUGGCGCCAAUGGCAGUAGCGGCGUAGGCAGCAGCUCCCAUGCGGACAACAACACCUCCAUGGUGUUCAAUUUUUCCAAGAGCAGCAAGGAGGUGCCCGAUUAUAUUGAAAGCGAUGUUGUGAUCUACAGGCGUAAACGAGAAUUGCCAAAGCCAAAUGAACCGGGCUUCGUGUUAUUGGGCGACCUUUCGGUGGAGACAUCGACAGACACGGACUACGAUGAUUAUUCCAUGUGUCCGCCUUCGCCCUGCGAUGUGGAGUUCGAGAAUGCGAAUAUUGUGAUCGACGGCAAGUCCAGCAUACGACAGAAACCCAAAGAUUCAUCGUUCCGCGUACAGUUUAACGAUACGUUAACUUCAACGUUUGAAUAUCCCUCCGAGGCGUCGCAAACCGUUGAUGAUCCGCCGUAUGCCGAUCCCUACGGUAAUGCGACCAAGCAUCAUCAGCUGUUCUAUGAGGAGCAUCUACGCUUGCAGCAUCAGCAGCAACAACAGCAGCAGCAACAGCAGCAACAACAACAUCAUCAUGUAACAGUUGAUGAGAUAAUAGAGCUUCCGACAGCAUCGACUACAUCCUCGACGUCACAUAAAACGUCGGCGACCAGCGCAAUGCUGGGGAAUUUACCAUUAGAUUACCCAAGUAUAGGGAGGGGUAUUAUCUUGCAACAGCCUCAACCACAGGCACAGCCACAGCCACAGCUAAUGGACCAUCAACAACAGCAGCCGCCGCCGCAGAAACAGCAGCAGCAGCAACAACAACAACCACAACAACGUCGUAGACCUUCGGUUCUAUUGAAGCCGCAAUAUGCCUGCUUUCUGCAAAAUGAAGCAGUGCCUCCUGCAACACAGCUGGCGAAGCGCAAAGCUGCCUCCUUCUCGCAUGCCGCCAAGCCGCAAUUGCAACUGCAACUGCAACAGCAACAGCUGCAGAGUAAAUAUACCAAACAUACUUUAACAACAACGAUAACAACGACGACGUCAACAACAACUGCCUGCGGCUAUGGAAGUUGCUUGAGUCGCCGUCGCGCCAGCCUGCCUUUAGCCACCCACAACCUGUCGGCGUCAUCCACGUCGUCAAUUUCGUCGUCGUCGUCGUCGUCGUCGUCGUCGCUAGCGCUACCCAACGCAUCCAACGCCCUGCUGCAGGCCCGCAUUCCAGGCAACACGCUCUACUAUGUCUAAACACUCUGCUCUACGUUCCAUCCUGUCUCUU